AUGGAUACUUCCAUGGAAAAUACUCAAGCUUACCUUUCUUUAUCAAAUUCUGAUGUUGAAGAAACGAGUGAUGAAGAAGUAGCAUCCAAUACUAGUGAUGAAGAGGCAGUACCAAGAUAUGACGGCAUGGUUCUUAAUAAUCCAAUAAUAAGAGCAUCAAGAGAAUUCAAAAAUGAUGAACGUUUAGGUAUCUAUCAAUAUCUGUUAACCCAUAGCAAUAAUGGAAGAGUUAAAAGAGGUUCCAUACCAAGAGUUGCUGGUAUAUUCAAGAUGUCUGUUUCAACUGUUUCUCGUAUUUGGAAUCGAUCAAAAGAAAAUCAUAACUCAAACAUGCCUGCUGAUGUAUCUUCUAGGAAGCCAACAAGAGUUGGUCGCAAACGUGUGGAAAUCGAUAGAGACAGGGUACUGGCAGUUCCAUUGAAUCGCCGUACUUGUAUUCGCACAUUAGCGGCAGAGAUAGAGAUGUCAACAACAACAUUGCAUAGGAGGAUAAAAGAAGGCAAAGUCAAGCCACACACAAGUGCAGUAAGACCAGCUUUGAAUGACGAUGGAAAAAUAAAGAGGUUAAACUAUUGUAUUGACAUGCUUGAUACAAGUACUUUUAAUUCUAAACCAAUGUUUAAGGAUAUGUUCGAUUAUGUACAUAUUGAUGAAAAGUGGUUUAACAUGACAAAAAUAUCGCAGAGAUAUUAUCUUCUUCCCGAUGAACCCAAACCUCAUCGUGAGUGUCAAAACAAGAGAUUUUUUCCUAAGAUUAUGUUUACAGCUGCAGUUGCACGUCCGCAAUAUGAUUCCUCAGGGAAUCUAAUUUUUGAUGGAAAAAUUGGCAUAUGGGCAAUGGUUAAAAAAGUGCCGGCAGCAAGAAACAGUAAGAAUAGGAAAGCCGGUACACUUGAAACCAAACCGAUUGAUCCAGUUGAUAAAAAGGUUUCAAUGGAGUUUUUAAUCGACAAAGUCCUACCGGAAAUUCGUGUUAAAUGGCCUACCGGGAAUACACGUACCAUUUAUAUUCAACAAGAUAACGCGAAGCCUCAUAUUUCGAAGGAUGACGAAAAAUUUAAGAAUGCGGCAUCAAUCGACGGGUUCGAUAUUCAACUGAAGAAUCAACCUCCAAAUAGUCCAGAUAUGAACACUUUGGACCUCGGCUACUUCAAUACACUUCAGAGUAUACAACAUCGUCAGAGAAUGAAUAACAUUGAUGAGCUUAUUGUCGCGGUAGAAAAGGCUUACAACGAUAUGGAACCACGCAUUAUCAAUAAGGUCUUCUUGACCCACCAAUUAUGCAUGUUGGAGGUUAUGAAAGCUCGUGGAGAAAUCCGUUUUGUUUUGCCGCACAUCGGGAAGGACAAGUUAGAGCGUGAAGGUAAUCUUCCAAUGAGAAUUGAAGCGGAUAGUGCUUUGCUUCACGACGUAUUGGUGGAACUUAACAGGAUGCCUGAAUUCUGGUCCACUCUUGAACGAAACAUGGUGGGCUCAAGUUUGGAAUCCAGAAGUGAAAAUAUUAAUGAAAAUCUUAAUCCAGAAGUAUGA